UCAGCUUCACACUUGUACUUAAAUAGGAGCUGCAGCGCUCACACUACUCACAUCUCACUGAACUGUGUACUGAGUGUUUGAAGAGCUACAGAACUAACCAACAUCACAGCAGAUAUGGAUCCCCAGGACUGCAAUUGUGCUACAGGUGCCUCAUGCUCAUGUGCAGGUUCUUGCAAAUGUAAAAGCUGCAAAUGCAAAUCAUGCAAGAAAAGCUGCUGCUCCUGUUGCCCAGCUGAGUGCAGUAAAUGCAGCCAGGGCUGUGAGUGCGCACAGGGCGCUGAGAAAUGCAGCUGCUGCCACUGAGCCGUCUUACUGUGUUACCGACUGCACUUUAUAUAUUUAUACUAAUGUCUGAUCUGCCUUUUCAUUUAGGAAACUUAAGUGUUUUUUUUUGUGUUGUGGAAUGUGUGUAUUGAUCAUUAUGUUUAAAUAAUAAAAUGUUCUAAACUGUU